GUGAAAAUACCAGAGUUUAGCGCUGUAUACCGGAUAGCCAACACGGCCAUUAUCGAAUCUUGAACAAAACGAAGUUUCUAUUUGUCUACAUUAUUUAACGAUUUACAGGAACUAUGGAGGCUAUUUUAAACGAUAUUGUAAAUCCAAAUGAUCUUAAGAAAUUUAGACGGAUGUAUGAAGAUCAGUCUAGUCGAGGUACACCAAGUGAAAAAGCUCAGUUUGAGUAUGCUAUAUGUCUUGUCCGAAGUAAACCAGAUGUUGAUAUCAAACAUGGCAUUGCUCUUCUAGAAGAUUUAUUUAAAAGAUCAUAUGACACAUCCACUAAAAGAGAUUGUUUAUAUUAUCUGGCAAUGGGAAAUACUAGAGCAAAGAAUUAUCAAGAGGCCUUGAAAUUUACAAAUAUGUUUUUAAAAAUAGAACCAGCAAAUCAACAGGUUCAACAACUACAAAAACAUAUUAAAUCAAAAAUGAGAAAUGAGGGGUUAACUGGAAUGGCAAUAAUUGGAGGUGCAGCACUAGCAGUUGGGGGACUUAUUGGAUUAGUUGUUCAUGCUGCCAAGAAAUAAAACAUCAGAACCAUUUUUUAGAUGUAUUUCAAGUUUUAUCAAUUAAUUGAUUAUUUAUGUAUACAUUAUUGGCGUAGAAAUUAACAAUAUUGAUAAAAACAAAUUGAGAAAAAACAGUUAAAUAGAUACAUCAUCACCUUGGUGCAAUAAAGGGUUAAAUUCUCAUAUAAUUGAAUAGGAGUUAACUUAUUAUUGCACUAAGGUGAUGACAUAUUUGUCACUUGAAACCCUUCAUUGCAUUAGAAAAGUACAAUAUCACACAGUGAAUGAAUGAUUUAUUGAAGAAAAAAAAGAUAUAUAUAUAUAUAUAUAUAUAUAUAUAUAUAUAUUAUUAUAAUAUGUUUAAAUGAAUGCUUUUUAUGCAUCUAUCACAAGUCUGGCCCCACCACACCAUGGACAGUACAAGCAACUUAAUCUCCUCACUGUAACAUCACUGUCAUCUCAAAGCAGAUGGAAGGCGUGGUUGGGUUUAGCACCAGGAUGACAGCAUUGAUGUCAACCUUGCAGUUCAGUUUUUACUAUUUGACUAGACUAUUCCCUUAGAGCAGAGCAUUUUCCAUGGGUUUGAAAAUUAAAACUAAAAAUCUCUACUGUUCCCAGGCAGUGGUUGGGCCAGCUUUACAUUAGCCAUGGGUAAAUGAAUGAUAGAAACCGAUUGGAUGAAUAAUUUGUGACAUUUUUCUAAAAUAGAGUGGGAAAAUAGUGUUUAUUAUACCUGGCAUGAAUGGGAGUACAUGUAUUAAAAAUAUGUGUAUAUGUAACCUGCUUAUAUAAACCAUAUGAAUGAUUCCAGUUCAUUGAUAGAUUUUCAAAUUUUAAGAAGGAUGCCCCUAGAUUGUCAUACAGGAUCAUCAAUAUUUCAAGUCUGCCAUUUUAAAUGCCUACAAGGGACCAUGGUUAAAUAUAGAUAAAAAAUGUUGCUAUUGUUAAGUUAAAGUCUCAGGUGUCCAAAGUCUCAGAUGCACUUGAGGUUUUACUUUUUCAAGUCAUGUAUGUAACAAUUUGAUUCAAUGGGGUAUUGGUUCAUUCUGUCUUAAAGACUGUAUGUUAAUUUAUAUUGCUAAUUUCUUUUUUUCUUCUUUUUUUUUGAAAAGGUAUACAGUUGAUAUAUUUUAAAAACUUUUGUAAUUUAUCAAUUAAUUGAUAGUCUGAUCAGGAUCCAUGCUGUUCGCUAUCAGUUUCUCUACUUGUUUUAGGGUUUGUAAGCGAACAGCAUGGAUCCUGAUCAGACUGGGAGGAUGCGCAGGCUGGUCUGGAUCCAUGCUGGUCGCAAACACAAAACGUUGGUUUUGUCAUGGCGCAGAUCAAUUAUUUUGUAUAAACCAACUAUCAAUAAUGCAAUAUGAAUAAUUAAUACUGACAGAUAUUUACAUUAAGCAGAUCUGAAAGCCCUGGUAGCAAUUAUAACAAUAUAUUGUUAUUUAUUAAUGCAUAAUACUUUAACCCUUGUCAUACUGAAUAUCGUAACUGGACUUGUCCAUCUUUUAAAGUGGAUAAAACCAUUUAUCAUUUUUAGGGUAAAUUUUCAAAGUAUGUACCCACUGAAUAGCAAACAGUGCAGACCAUGAUCAGAAGGCACAAAUAUGCUGGUUGACCUGGUCUGCACUGGUCGCUCGGCUAGAUUCAGUCACCAUGAGUAAAGUAAGGGUUAAACUAUGUACAUUUGAAUGGUUGUUUGAGAUCUUUUUAUCUUUAUUGUAUUUAUAUGAUUAUAAAAUUAUGUAAUUUAAAUAUUGUGAUAUGUGAUAGAGAUUUAUGUAAUGAGUGUUUUAGAUGAAAAAAAAAUGAAUAUUUGUGCAAUACAUACAUGACUUACUUGCAUCUUUUAACUUGCUAUACAGUGUCAUUUGUACACGAAUGCCUUAACAUCUCUUGCAAAAUUGUUUAAGCAUAACUGACUGUAACUUUAAUAAAUGUAGAAGAAAUUUAAAGAAAAUCAAACAACUAACCUUUAUUAAUUUACGUUUACAUAGUUUUCAAAGGAAAUUGAAAGUGGUAAAAACAUGUACUAAUAUGUACUUUUGUAAUUCCUUAUCUAAUACUUAGUGAAUCCACUCUUUGAAUGAAUAUUUGGAAGAGAUAUUAGUGUUGAUCAUUAUCAAAGGCUUUUUAAACCUUGUCCUGUUUAAACUGAAAUGACUGUCCGCUUCCACCAGUAAACAGGCUAUAUACUGUUGGUUGGCAAAUUUUAAAUUUUCAUCUUAUUUUCUUCUCAUUUGAUAAUGGACAGUUUCCAAGAAAUAGGAAAUGCAAAAGUCUGUUUCCAGAUCAUCAGGUAUAUACCAUAGUUAAUAGAACCCAUUAUUCGUGAAAUUACAUAUACAAAAAGAGAUUUAAAUAAAAAUGUUUAAUUAGAUAGCAGGGACAGUAAAUGAGUUUUGGUCACUUUAAGCAAGUCAAUGUUAUUGCCUUUUGUCUUUAUAAUUUAUAUUUGUACUUUAAUUUUUAGUAUUUUUGAUGCAUGUUUUAUUGUUAUAUUUGCUAUUUCAAAAAUGGAGGGUUAAGAUGUAUAUGUGUAUUAAAGUUGUCACAACUUCAUGAUUAAGAUACGAAAAUUGUAAAUUCCCUAUUUAUUAUUGAUAUUUUAUGUGUGUGAAAAAUAAAGAAGUAAAACAUUCAUGAGAAAAAAUUAACAUUAGA